AUAGCAUCUAACGAAGCUGAGAAUGCCAGCAAGUAGCUACAUAAGUGGAGAAUCCCGGAGCCAUAGCUUUCAUUCAUCCAAUUCUUCCCACUCAAAACGAUCGAAAGCCCCAACAUACCGUACAGUCAGCAGACAUUCCAAUGUCGAUGAAAAUUUAUUUGGAGAUCCUUUACAUGUUAAAGAACGUCAAUCCCGCUUAGAGCAGCAAAAUGGCAACAAUUCCAAUGAGCCCGAAAUUGUCAUCUCGCGAAGAAAAAUGUUUGAGGAAGUUAUUCCAUGGGAAGAGUGUGAAAGAGAAAAGGAAAAUAGGAGAAGGAAAAAAAUAAGGCACUUUACCUCCGAUUUGGUUCGUGACCUCGUUAUACCUUCUGACAAUGUCAGUAAAAAGGGAAUAGUCAUACCUUCAGAGAAAUACAACGAACUUCUUCAGAAGUCAAAAAUGUUGACGGAUGCAGAAGAAAAACUUGCGGCUGAUAAAGAAAAAGCCAAACAAGCAGCCUUGUUGGAAGAAUCUCAACAGCGUAAGCAGAAGAUGCGUGAAUACGAUUUGAACCGGGCACGAAAUGAACGCUUGACAGAUUUAGAAGAAGAGACAAGAAAACAGGCGGAAGUUCUACUACAGAAAGCUCUUGAACAAAGACAAGAUCAAGAAGAUGAAAUAAAGGCUUUAAAUGAAUGGAUUCUGAAUGCUAAAAUACAAGCAAUUAGAGAUGAACAGAUUUUAGAGAAAGGACAGAUUAAAAAAGAAAUGGCGGCUGAAGAGUUACGCUUGGAUAAUAUGAUGGAAUUAGCCCGACAGAAUGCUAUUCAUAUACAAGAAGAAAUUGAAAAAAGACGCAAAGAACAGGAAAUGCUUGGUGCUUGUAUGGUUUUGGAGCAAAUAGAACAAAAUAAACAAGAUCGUCUAUUGGAGCUGGAACGUGCUGAACAAGAAAAUGCUUUAGUUACCCAACGUAUCGCUGAAGAACGUAUGAAAGAAAUUGUUAACAGAGAGGAGAAAAAAAGAAUUCAAGAAAAGCAUAGAACAGAAUUGAAUAUAGCCAAUGAAGAAUUAAAGAGGCGGAGGGAAAUUGAAAAAGAAAAAGAUCGUCUUAUGGAUUUGAAAAUUAUGCAAAUUCAAAAUGAAAAAGCUGAACGUGAAGCAGCCUAUGAAGCUGAACAAGCUCGCAUAAAACACGAGAAAGAAUUAGAAAUUGCAAGAUUACGUGCAUUACAAGAAAAGGCCUCAGAUGAAGCUGCAGAACGUGAUGCUUUAAGAGCUAAACGUGCUGCUGAAGCAAGUGAAAGAGAAUGGAGACGUAAAGAAUUAUUAGCUGCACAGAAAAAGAUUGAAACUGAAAAUGAAUUGAAGCUAGCCAGGGCAGCUCAAGAAGAAGACAGGAAACGUCAACUAGCCAUUGAAGCUGGCCGUGAAAGGCUGGAAUUUGAAAGAAUUUUAAAACGACAACAGGAACUGUUAGAAAAUGAUAAACGUGCUGAUAAUGAAGCUAAAAUGAAAAGUGCUCAAAACUUGAAGGAUCUUCGCCGUCAAAUAUGCGAGAAAGAAAGAGAACGUAUCGCUGAAAGAAAUGCAGCUUUUGAAGAAGGUGUUCGAUUGAAUGAAGAAGCCCGAUUAAGACGAUUACGUCUGAAUGAGGCAAAAAUGCGUAAACUGAAAGAAUUGAAAGAAGCUGGUAUACCUGACAAAUAUUUAUCUCAAGUAGAAAGAAAGGUUAUGCAAUUUGGUAAAUUAACUCCAAUGGGCUAAAACUUUUGUUUUCUACCAGUUUAAAACGAUAUGGAUUCUGAAAAUUAUUUAGUUGUGGUAGCAGGAGGAGAAGGAGAUUUGAAGAAAACAUUCGAGUGAUUAAUCACAUUCGUAUUUUUGAACAAUUGAAGAACACACAACUUCAGAGCAUCAGAAUGUUUCUCUUUUCUUAUAACGUUCUGUUUAUUACUUAUAAAGUAAAUUCUAUAGAUCUAUUUUUUGUGUGCUUUUUCCUGGUCUCUCUCUUCAUCCUUUUUUAUGUGGAAAUUAUUUCAAGUUCUUGUUUCAGUUUUUAAUUUCUUGUUAUUUCCUUUACAACUCUUGUGUGUGUAUUGCCUUGAGGCGAAGGCACAACAUCUUUGUGAAAAGAAAAAGAUUGUAUCACUGUCGUCAGCCUUUAUUUAUCUUGUUUGUUUCAGUUAACCUCGUGAAUAUAUAUACACCUACCUAUAUGAUAACCUCAAACAUAUCAUAUAUAAAGCAAAAGCAUAUUACACAUAUAUAUAAAUUUUUGUGUAGUAAAUAAACAUUUCAGUAUAUCCGUCCGUUUCUAUAAAACGGCAACAAAAAUGUAUGUUUAAAAUUAUACGUAUACGUGUCUAUUUAAUAAAAUAGAAAUAUUAUACUCUCAGUUG